GGACAGUCUUUUCUUUUCGAAUUUUGAUUUAUUUAAAUUCUUUCUUAAUUAUUACUCUUUGCUUGAUUAGGGAACAAUUCAAUUUGGGAUCUGUCCGACCCUUCCCUAUCUGUUCCUCCCCCUCCAGUCCGGGCACGGGGCCAGUCCGUCAGAUUGGCCCUCGCGUGACUCUUCAGACUUCGGGCACAGCAGUGCAUGACACUGCUCACUCGAUCACAGACCAAGGCCAUGGACCGGAAGGCGGGGGAAUCCCUCCUGAGCUAUGAGGAACGCCUGGCGGCAUUCAUUCAAGAGGCCAACGAUAGGGCCGCCGCCGCAGCCAAGGAACGUCAGCAGCUUGAACAAGAGGAGGAGGCCAAGCGACAGAAGGAGGAACGGGACCGACUUCGUCAAGAGGAGGCAGACCUGCAGGUGGCAGCUGAACACCGGUCACGCCAGCGGGAACGACUAUUCACGCGGGAGACCGUGAUCGGCGAUGAGGCCGCACGUUGGGUGGAAAUGGCAUCUACAGACGAGGCCCCGGAGACUGAGAAAGGGCUGUCAGCCCUUGCACAGGUCUCCCACGACCUCGUGGCCACCUGCGCUCUGCAGCAGGAGGAAAUCCUCCACCUGCAGCAGACAGUGGACCAGAUGCUCGCACGGCUGCAGGCGUUGGACAAACAGCCAGCAGCUGUAGCAGCCGCAGGGCCUGCAAACCUUGCGACCCGUGUUCGAGUCUUGGAGGACGACGUCGGCAAUAUCAAGCGUGUGCAUCAGGACUUCAGGACGUCGCAGCAAGCAACGAACUUGCAGUUGGAGACGCAGGUCCAGGCGGCUUCCACCGUGACGCCCGCCACCACAUCCUCCAGGCGCCUACCCAAGCUAGAUGACAUUCCAGUCUUCUGCGAUCAGUCCAAGACGGAACCGAUCCCGUGGUGGCGCCAGUUUACUCUCMGGCUCGACAUGCACCAUGUCCCGAACAACGAUCGACAUCCGUGCUUGUACCACCGAUCUGGUGGUGCGUGUCAAGCAUGGCUGGACAACAUCUUGACCAGCCACGGCGUAGCAGUGUCGGAACUACACACCAAGCUCACUUGGCAGGAGUUGACCGACGCCUGGCACAAGCGAUUCCAAGUGGAGCCGCCCGACCUGCAAGCGAUGGACAAGCUCAACAAGCUCCAUCAAAACACGCUGCUCAGUCAGGACUGGAUCACCGAGUUUCAAAGACUCGCCUCCACACCUAACCUGCCGCUUGCAUUCUGCGCCAUCAAGCAUUUGUUUAUCAUGCGCUCGUGUCCAACGCUGCAAAACGCGCUUACGCAGCUUGCAGAGACACUCGACACAUCCGACAAGCUUUUUAGCACAGCGUCACGGAUCAUUCUGACAAAUAUCGAAGCCCGCAACGCAGGCCGAUCUUCCGCGACGACGAGCGGCACCCAGCUCAAGCCAAAGGUGGCUUGCACUUGCAUUAUUUCUUCCGAGGCUGCAACACCAAACGAGGGUGAAGUGUUGGCAGCUGCUCGGGAUGGUGGCCGGCCGCGCAACAACCACGGCCGCGACAAGACGAAGACUCAAUCCACCUCAACACCGAGCACCGGAUCAGCCGUCGACGAACCUUGGGUACAAUACGGACUCCCGGCGAACUCUUAUCGCACGCGACUCAAGUACCGGUAUUGCCUUUGGUGCAACAGCACCAUCCACGAUGCUGCACAUUGCCCCACCAAGGGGAAACCCCGUCAGGGAAAGUAGGCGCCGCCGAGGGAUACUCGACACCUCCCUCGACGCCAGUCUCGAAAAGCUUUGGCACUUACAACUUGGCACCGAAUGGAAGAGCGAGGGGGAGGAAUAGUACACGGGACCUCGGCGCCAGUUGCAUCACGAAUCGUGAGCGUGCGUCGAUGGAAAUUGAUCGUGUGGUCCACGCUAGAAAGCCAAGGCAUCCCCGAAAUGACAUCGAAGUCGGUGUCCAACACGUCAAAAGUGACGGGUUCACAUGCGUGCGGUGCAAAGUACACCGGGACAGCCAAGAUGUAACGGUCUAAAAGCUGUUUMGUCUUACCGUCGGCAAGAGCGACCGUCGUCGGAUGUGACUUCCUCCGUACUUGUGCGCCAAGGCCAGCCCGAGUCAUGAAGGACUGGCUGAUGAAGUUGCGAGUUGCGCCGCAAUCUAGCAAAGCGUUGCAGGCCGCUUGCCCAAUCUGAAUGC